ACUGCCAAGCCGACCAUUUGCUAACGACGAUACCCGUGGACGUCUGCUAUAUAAGCCCAGGACCCCAGUCGAAAAGGCACAUCACUCCUUCAGUCGUCUCUUCGAACACACGCACCUGAACAAGUCUCCGCAGUCAAACAUACUCGACACCACUCGACGAACACUCGAAAAACCUUCCACACAUCCAAAAAACUUCAACAACAACAUGUACAAGUACACAGUCAUGAUCGCAGCGGUGGUUGUUGUGUUGGCAUCUCUGGCCAGCUCCGUUCCGGCCACUUCCGCCCAGACAGCGGCCAACAAAUUCGACAUGAUGUCGUCCGCGGCCACAUCCAAUCACAACCAACACGUCAAGCCAGAGCACCAUUCAAUGUUCGCGUCCGAGGCCCACAGAGGACAGUCGCACAAUGACGGCAGCCUACUGGAGUCCGGUCUGUCCGGGCUGUUCGAGGCGAUCAGCAUCCCGAAGAAGAUCAUCGGUGCCUUGGUCGGCAAAGUGUUCGGUCUCCUCAAGUCGAUCGACCUGAAAGGACUCAUCAAGAUCGCUUUGGUGGGCGGCGCGGUGGUCUUGUUGGGAGCUGUGGCCGCGGCCGGCGCUGCCGGUAUCGCCGCUGUCGUGGCGUUGGUGAGCGCCGCACUCCCGUACUUCCGUUUCUUCUUCGGCGGCCACAAGGGCGAGGCAUCCGACUCCGAGAUGGACAACAUCAGCGAAUUCGUUUUGGGCGCAUUCAACAAGUACGACAGCCAGCACAAGGCGUGAUGACACGACUCGUCGCUACAAUACUAUAAUAUUAUAUAAUUAACCGUUCGGUUUUAUUUAUUGUACAUUUCACGCAGCGUUGA